CGUCACCGUGCCCCCGCCCCCGCCAGUCCGUCACCAUCGCGCGGCGCCACCAACUACGCCCGAGCCCCCGCCUCCACACCCCGUCCCCACGCGCGGCGCAGCGGAGCUAUCAGCGCCCUUCCCCAGGCCGGCUUCAACGCUGAUGGAGCCAUCCUCGCCUCGAAUCCUCGCUGCAGUUUUCGUUCCAAAGUUCUCGCCCCGAAUCCUCGCCCUUCCCCACCGCACCUUCGGUGUCUCCACCACAAUCACCGCGGUGGCUUCACCGUGUCCCCGCAAUCACCGUGGCGGCCAGAUCCACUACCUCGCCUUCCUGCCGGGCGACGUCCUCUUCAUCGCGCACCACCUCGCCACGCUCUUCGUCUUCCUGACCUGCUGCCACCUCGUCCGCCACAGCGCCUACGCUCUCCUCGUCCUCGCCGAGGUCACCAGCCUGCUGCAGAACGCUGGACGCUCGCCGGGAUCUAGCGGGACCAGUCCCCCGCCGCGGCCCGCGUCUACAGCGCCCUCUCGCCGUCCUUCUACGCGCUCUACACGCUCGUCAGGGGCGUCGCCGGCCCGCUCUUCCUCCUCAAGAUGGCCGCCUUCUACCUGUCCAGCCAGGCCGUCGACGCCAUCCCGUGGUGGGUGCGGAUCUCCUGGAUCCUGGUUGUCGGCACCGCCAUUGCGGUCAGCAACCUGUGGAUUUGGAACCUCUGGAAGGAGCUCAUCAGGGAAUGGAAGCAGCAGGCCCCUCCCAAGUCAAAGAAAGACACAUAGGCCGCCACCUCCAAGCCGAGUGCCGAGAAGUAGAAGGACAAGAUCUACAUCCUCAUGCCGGUCAUGGCCAGUUGCCCACCCCGGCGCCUACGCUCGAGAAGCCACCCAUCUUGGCCGCUUCGGUGCGAGGAGGCGCUACCGUCCUCUUCCUCCGAUCCACCUCUCCUGCCAACCCGCCAGGUUGCCGCUGCCGAGAGCGAGCGGAGGCCUCCCUCCGCCGACGGGGGAGGAAGAUGCUCACCAAGUUCGAAACCAAGAGCAACCGGGUCAAGGGCCUCACCUUCCACUCGCUCAGCCCAUGGAUCCUGUCUAGCCUCCACAGCGGCGUAUCCAGAUGUGGGACUACCGCGUGGGCACCCUCCUCAUCCGCUUCGAGGAGCACAACGGGCCCGUCAGGGGCAUCCAGUUCUAGGUCACGUAGCUGCUCUUCGUGUCCAGAGAAUUGCUGGUUGCUGAGAAUUUGAAGGCGACAAACUUAAAUGGGACAUCUGAUCCGUAUGCAUUGAUCACUUGUGGUGCAGAGGAGAGUUUCAGGUUGGGGACCUCAGGGAUUCUCCCACGCGAUUCCGACGGCCUCCUUCCUCUCGCGCGGCUGCAGGCCUCCUCCCCCCACCUCCACCUGAAUCCACAACACGUGAGAAAAAGCGACGAUGACGAAGAACAACGUGGUUGACAUCGGGCGGCCUCUCGAUUGGUGGUCGUGCUCGGAUCCGCACCUCGAUGGGGCCACCCUAUCCCUCACCGCCCCAUCGCGUCGGAUUGAGUUCCCUUGGACGGGCGACAGUGUUAUGGCCUGUAAAUAAACUACAUUGUCAUGUUAGUUAGAGGGAAGUGGGUCUACAUACUGCUUAGCUAGAUUAAUUGUGAUAGUAAGGUGUAUUUUGCUGCUUUGUCAACAAUUUCAAUUUAGACACUUGUUUUUUGGGAUGAGCUGCUAAAAACGAGCUGAAGGCUGCUACUGCAGAAAGUGUUGUGGUCAUGCUUGUACAAAGAAUAUUUGUAAACAAUGCUUCCGAUACCGUUUCCUUAGAUGGAGCGCAUAAACCUGCUCCUGUAUGGCUGAGUACAUUGGUUGUUGUCUAAACUGUAAUUCUUACUGAAGUACUGUAUAAUCUUCUUUUGAA